AAAUUCGCAAACCCUAUUAGCAGAUUAUUCAAACCAACUCACAUCUUCGGCAAGGGAUUAACUAUGGCGGAUGAGACAAUCGUCAACGGCGUGUUCGACGAUCGGACGGUGGAGAUUGGACAUUAUGAAGCAACCGAUUCGAAGAAUAUUUCUGUUUUGAUGCAGAAGGUCGAGGCACUGGAGCAAGAAAAGCUCCAAUUGGAGACAGACAAGGCGGAGUUGACGAAAGAAAUGGAGACGCUGGGACAUAAAGCGACCAGAGCGGUUGGUCUGGAGACUGAGUUUUCUAGGCUGAAGCUCGAAUUGAUUGGGAAUCAAGAAGCCAAUGCUGAGUUGGUGGAGUUGAAUAGAGUGGUUGAGGAAAUGAAGGAGAGAGAGGGAGAGAAGGGUUUGAAAUUGGAGACAGUGGAAAAGGAGAGGAACUUGUUAUUGCAAUUAAGGGAGGAAAGGGAGGAAAGGGAGAAUAAAAUUGACGAGUUGGAGGAGAGAAUUAGGGAGAGAGAAGGGGAAAUAAGGGUAUUGAAGGAAAAAAUAGGGGAUUUUCAGGGAGAAAUUGGGGAGAAAGAAGGGGCAAUAAGAGAAUUGAAUGGAAAAAUAGGGGAAUUAGAGGGUGUGGUGAUGAGGACUAAGAUGGAUAUGGAGAAGGGGGAGAAGGAGAGGGGAGAAUUGGAGAUUGUGAAGAAUGAGUUGGAAGGGCUUUUGAAGAAAUCAGAGAGUAGAGUUAAGGAGAUGGAGAAUAAGGUGAAUUUGUUGGAGGAGGAGGUGCAGGUGAAGAAGGAAAUAACUGUUAAUGGUGUUCAUGGGAAGGAACCAAUGGUGCUCGAUAGGGGUGUGAUUGUAGAUGGGGAGAAUGGGUGGAUGAAUUUGAAGGUGGAGUGGCCAGUGGCAGCAUCUGUCGGUGCUGUUGCUGUGUUGGGGGCUGUGUGCUACUUUCGAUAUGCUAGGGAAACGUGA